AUGAAUAUUGAAGAUGCUCCUCGCUCUGGUCGGCCAGUCACCACUGAUGUCGACCAAAUAACAGCUUUAAUCGAUUCCGAGCGGCAGAUCACAGUUCGGGAAAUCGCAGCGAGGUUAAACAUUGGCAAAUCAACUGUUUCCGAACAUUUAAACAAGCUCCAGAUGGUAAAAAAGCUUGAUGUUUGGGUGCCGCACGACUUAACUGAGAAAAAUCGUAUUGACCGCAUUUCCAUCAGCGAUUUGCUAUACAAACGCAAUGAAUACGAUUCAUUUUUAAAACGCAUCAUAACAGGCGACGAAAAGUGGAUAAUUUAUAAUAAUGUCGAGCGUAAAAGGUCGUGGAGCAAGCGAGGUGAACCGCCAUUAACCACUUCGAAGGCAGGCUUACAUCCGAAAAAGGUAAUGCUCUGCAUUUGGUGGAAUUGGAAGGGGAUAGUAUAUUAUGAACUACUACCGGACAACGAAACCAUCGAUUCGGACAAGUACUGUUCACAGUUGGAUAAAUUGAAGAUAGAAAUCGCCAAAAAGUGUCCGGAAUUGAUCAAUAGGAAAGGCGUCGUUUUUCAUCAUGAUAACGCCAGACCUCAUGCAAGUUUGCAGACUCGCCAAAAAUUAUUGGCGUUUGGCUGGGAUGUUUUGCCUCAUCCACCGUAUUCCCCCGACAUUGCACCCUCGGAUUUUCAUUUAUUUCGGUCGCUAUAA